GCGACACAUCUACGUGCUUGGAAGAGUUUCUGCGUCUGAGGAUCGAGUUACAGCCACAGCCGCCGCCGCUGCCUUUUCUCUUUCUUUCUGUUCCCUCCCCCUGCAGUCGGGGGUGUUGGGUCCCGACGGAAGUGUCGUUUUAGACUGCCCCAGAGCGCGAGCUGUUCCUCAGUUUCUCGUGGAAUUGGGUGGAAGGAAGAGGAGAAUAAAGCAGACAUGAGUAUCGAAACGCUUUUAGAAGCAGCCAAGUUUUUGGAAUUGCAAGCCCAGCAACAACAGAGAGCACGUGAGGAGAACGAACUUCGUGAGAGGCUGCGCCUCGAACAGGAGGCUGAGAAGCGGAGAGCGGAGGCUGUCUGCAACAUUCACUCUCCACGUGCCAAGCACAUGACCUGGACGAAGGAGUCGAGUCCAGAACGUCAUCACACCCCUGCACCUGCUCCACCUCCUACCCCCCAUCCUGCUCCCUCUAUUCCCAUAACAGUCAUUCCUAUUCCUGUCGUCUCAUCCAACCCCACAGCUCUACCUGCAGCCCCAACCACGCCGGUCAGCUCCCCAGCUGCCCCUCGUCUCACCCCUCCCCGAAAGUCCGCCCAGUCACCUCCAACCCAGCAUGCACUGCACCAAUGUGCAAUCAUGCCCCCUCAGGUUAAGGCCACUCCCACAUCUCUGGCCCAGUCCAGCAGCACCAAACCACCUCAGCUGCUGCAGCCCUACCCUGGAUCCAUUGUCACCAGCUCCCAGCAUGCCCUACUGCCUCAACCAGCACAGCCAAACUCUAUGGCCAGAGCCAGCCCCCUGGAUGACACACGCUGCCUGGACAGCAAGAAAAGGCCUGGAGGGGCAGGCACACGGGAAGUGCAUAACAAGCUUGAAAAAAACAGACGUGCACACUUAAAGGAGUGCUUUGAGACACUUAAGAAGAACAUCCCUAAUGUGGACGAAAAGAAGACCUCCAAUCUCAGUGUGUUGAGAAGUGCCCUUAGAUAUAUUCAGACCCUGAAGAGGAAAGAGAAGGAGUAUGAGCACGAGAUGGAGCGUUUAGCUCGCGAGAAAAUCUCCACGCAGCAGAGGUUAGCCGAGCUGAAGAAUGAGCUCAGCCAGUGGAUGGAUGUGAUGGAGAUCGACCGUGUUCUGCGUCAGACUGUUCAGCCUGAAGAUGAUCAGGCAUCCACCUCCACAGCCUCAGAGGGUGAAGAUAACAUAGAUGAGGACAUAGAGAAAGAGAGCAUGACUGCGUCUGGCUCUUUACCUAAAGUGCCUCCCACCCUUCAACCAGAGCUAAGGAAGCCCCAGCUGGUGUCAUCUCUGACCCAACACAUAUCCAUCCCACCCAAGCCCUCCCAGCCCCCUCCACCUUCUCCUGCAGCCCACCCCGCCCUUGCCUCAGCCCCUUCUCAGCCCUCUGCUCCUUCCCUGUCCCCCACCCCAGCCCAGGCUCCUAAUGGCCCGAUCGCUUUGGCACCUCAGCAGCCACAAGCUGUAGUAGCUCCUCAGAGCCUGCCCUCGGCGCACACGCACAUCGUGAGCACUUCCAGCCUCCAGCCCACAGUUAUCACCCAUGCUGCUGCCUCCUCGCACGCCUCCGUCAUUCAGGCUGUAAACCAUGUCAUCCAGACGGGCCCCAAGCAACUGGCCCCUGGACCUCAGCCCAUUGGCCAUAUCACAGUACACCCGGUGGCUCACCUGAGCCAGCACCUGCCUGCGCUCUACCCCCAGCCCGUCACUGUUGCCCAGCCGACCAUGGUCAGCCACAUCGCUCACACACUCUCCCACAGCCAGGUGAACGGAACCCCCCAGCCUAGCCCACAGGCCGCCGCCAUGGUGGCCAAACAGACGCCACAGAUUGUCGCUCAUCACCCUCAGCUGGUGGGCCAGACCGUCCUCAACCCAGUCACUAUGGUGACCAUGCCCUCCUUCCCUGUCAGCACGCUGAAGCUGGCCUGAAGUGGCAGCCUGACAUGGGCACCCACAUGAUGAAGGCAUGGAUGGACUAGUAGGCCUCACCAGUCACAUACAGCAUUACAGCAGAUGAGCAUUCAGUACAUUCCAAAUGAAAACAAAUAUAUAAAGACUCUACAACAAACAAAAAAAUCUAUAUAAAUUUUUAACUAUCUAUAGCUAUGUCAUGAUAUAAAGCAAAAUAUGAAAAAAAAUAUUUUGUAUCCUUGUGUAUGGAUAACAUCACAGUAUGAUGUCCAGAUUUUUCUCGUGCUGCUCAGUGUGUGCGUGCGUGUGUGUAGUAGUGGAGUAUAUCAUUGGGAAUAGUAUGCUAACCAGUCACAGGAGGAUAUUAGCAAUCUGCUGUGUCAUGUGACUUAAGGCAUCAAUGGCGCAAUGAUUAGUGCUCUGUGACAUUGUGUACACCAAGUACCUCACUCUCAUCAGCUCACAGAUCACGGCUCAUGUAGACCCUGUUCCUAGGGUUCCGAAGGUGUUUACCCAGAUUACUUUCACAUAUUAUUUGAUUCGUAAAUAUAAAAUAAAGACUCUUGUGGUCUUCAUUUUGUUGGGAAACAUUGAUGGAAUAAGUUACUAUAGUGCCCUGAGGCCUUUGUAUCAUGUGCUCUCUUGAAGUGCAUGGUUAAUUAUUGAUCUGCUUGGAUGUUCCCAUAUCAGAAAGAAUAUCUCUGCAGAAGUUUUUUUUUUUUUUUUUUGGCCAGUACAUAAACAUUUGAGUUGUGCUUCUUGAUCUGGCUCUGAUGAGGCUGCUUUAUUGCUCUGUGAUUGUAAUAUGUCCAUUUUGGGCCGAGGGACAUCUUUGAGAAAUCUUCGCUUGUGCCUUUAACAGUGUAUCUGUAGGCACAGCAGUCCUGUUUAGUGCUGCACAGACGCCCUCUGCUGUCCUUAAUACACAACUGCACUCGCAUCCAACACAACAGCCAUUACCUGCAGCGUUAAUUCUACUCUGGCGCAUGAAACCAGCUAGCACAGCUUAUCCAAUAAAACAAGAGAUAACAGUUCUAAUAUAACAGCCAUCAAUGUGCUGUGGAGGGGUUAAAAUAUAAAAAAGAUACAAGAUUCUGAUCUCUAUAGUGAAUGUACUUUAUAUCUGUUCAGAUAUCACGUUCAAUGCCUUCAUCUCAUCAUUGCUGAUAAACAAAUUUAUUAUGAUGGCAGGAGCAAACCGGGUGUCUCUGCAUGAUGAGUGUCAGUGAGGAUGUUGUGUGUUAGGUGUGUAUGUUGUGAUUCUACCUUGUUUGUCAACUACAGUUUGAUUCAUAUAGUUUAUAAUUAGAGUGUAUGCAUUUGAUAGUGUGUUUGUGUCUAGUAGUACUUUGGUGGAAAUUUGAGGAGAUGCAGUACAUUAUCCAAAACUUCAGUGAUGAUAUCUUAAGGCUGCAGGAAGACGGUUGUUCAAUAGGAAUAAAGAAGUGGUGUGUACAACAUGGAAGCCCAUUACAACUCAAAAAGUCGCCUAUAGUUGCCCUCGGUAUCUUGGGAUAAUGACAUGUUCUCAAAAUAUUGACUUACAUAUCAGAAACAAAUGGCUUGCUAUGUCAAAAUGAUAACUUAUCCUAAAAUCCCAAAGUAAUUUCCUACUUUAUUGAGGUUUAAUAACUUAUUUCAAAGUAAUAUCUCAAAAUAAAAAAAUCUUUAAAAAAGAUAUGAUGUCAAUAUUUUGAGAAGUUAAGUCAUUUUGAAAUACCACAUCAGUAUUUUUGAGAUGCCAAAUGUUUAGCGAACAUUAUUAAGUUCUCAAUAAUAUAAUGAGGAAGAAAUUAUUAUUUGGAAAUACUAAGUUAAUAUUUUGAGAUGCAAAGUCAUUAUUUCAAGAUACUAAUUUUUGACAUACUGCUACCAGAAACAGACGGAAGGGGGCGAAACCAUAGGCAAUUUUUUUUCUCCUCUUAACAGGAAUUGACUUCCAUAGUAUAAGGUAAUUGCAGAACAACAUAAAGGUGGAGGACCAAGUACAACACUUUUUGUAGUAAAACAGGACUUCUUCAGACAGAUGUCCGUCUUUCCUGAACCACGCUGACCGCUCCAUAGUCCUGCAGGUAGAGCGCAGCCUGUGUGUCCAUUGAGAUUUAAACCUCUAGCACUGUGAUACAGCUCAUAUGCCCCACUGAGAGCGACCCAAGUUUACAAUACCAAUACAACCAAGCAUUCACUUAACCUAGCAAGAGAGUCCCUUUAUUUGUUUGGAUGCUUUGCAUGUGAGAUGAUUUUAACAACUUGCUUUAUUUUCACAGAAAUAUCUGAUUUCCAUGUGUUACAUACACUAGAACAUACAGUUCACCAAUGAGAAAACACGUCUGAUUUUGCAUGUAAGAUGAAUGGCUCUUGUUUUAGUGAUGACUAAAGUUGAUUUUAUUUCAUUUUAUGAUUGUUGUUUGGGGACCAUGUACAGUACUGUAUACUAUGGGGCAACCUUUCAGACCUCUUUCCACAUUGAUAUUAUAUAUAUAAAAAGUGUGUUUUCCCUAUGGAGAAAGUUUACAUUGUAAAUAGCCUGUAAAUUUGGGGCUGCAUAGAUCUUACUGUCCAUCUUGUUAAAAGUUAUAAAUGAAGAGGAAGAGCGAAAAUAAAGAGAACAAAUGUUCAAUAAAUAAAAUCUUGCUACAUUGUUACAUA